AUGACGUCUUCAGCUUCUGCGUCGACGAGAACCGAUUUAUCUUCGAAACCUCAGAAUUUUACGCGGAUAGACCCAAGCACACCUGUGUCUCUGGUCGUCCUCAUUAUAGGGGUGACGAUCGCUGUCCUCGUGAUUACCCUGGCGCUCACAGCCUUCUUUGUGUACAAUCGCCGAAAACGUCGCCCUUCACCUGUGACGCCGAGCGAGAUACCAUUAGCGAUCAUACCUUCGCCUCCGGCCAGCGAGCCCUCGCGCGCUUUUCCCAACUUGGUCGACAUGCCUUCAACAGGCCCUUGUCCUCCACGACUAUGCCCUCCUCAACCUGUGUCCGGCUCAACUAGAGUACCCACACCAGUGGAUCUGGCCGUGCCACAUGCCUCCGCCGAUCGAAACGGGAGAGGCAUUCUUCUUCCGACAGCGAUCGUCAGCCCUCCUCCGGUACCUCAUAUGGCACCGCCAAGCUACCGCUCCGGAAGCUUCGAGGUUCCACCAUCCAUCGCCUCUACACUCGUGGGCGCACAGAGUAACCGCGACUCAUACACCGGCACGUCGAUACGCACCGUGAUAGGCUCAAUCCGCGAGCCCGACCGGCGACGCGAGAAACUGGCGAGAGCACUGGGGAGACGUCCUGCGGGACGCCGGAGGCGGCUUGAAUCCCUGUCUGAGUUUCCUAUACCCAAUUCACAUUUGGACAUUAGUAUACCCACAACGGACGCUUCGCAUUCUGCAGUUGGACAAGGACGCUCGGACAGUUUCGAUAGCUGA